GACAAAUUUCUUUCCUCGAAUAAGGAUAUAUUAAUCGUGAUUUGACAAUAUAAUCAUAUAAAAUAACGGUGAAUUGUGAAACUGUAAUAAGUUAAAUGUUCAACAUUGAGAAAAAAAUAAAUUUUUUUCUCAACUGAUAAACUGUAUAUCCUAGUCUAGGAGGUUAGAAAAUGUCUCGUUCAAAGACAUAAGAGCUUUGUUUACUUUUUACUCACAGAUAAUAGAGACGUAAUAUAUAACAAGGAGGGGUGAAAUACAGUACAUAUGUAUGCAUAUAUUCAUAUGUGAAAGGGAAAAGGAGGGAGGGAAACACAUAACACCCCGAGAAGAGGCGCAUUGCAAGACUAAUACGACGCAGAAAGAACGAGAGUGCGCGUCAGUAGGUUUUACCCUGACCUCGGUCAGACGGACAUGGUUUAAUUUAACCGGAUCUCUGCAAACUCACAGUUCAAUCUAUCUUUGCCCACUGGUACGUUCAAAUCCUCGCGACGUUCGCGAUUUAACCUCACUCUUUAUUGGAAGAAAGAAAGGAUAAGCUGCUUUUCCGAUAUCUUGUAUUUAAGAUGUUAGGGCUACUUUUAUUAGUAGCCAUUCUUGGUACAUCAACAUUUGCCUACAAUGGCGAACUGGUAGAACAAGAAUGUCCCAUGGACUGUCAUUGUCAUUAUUUCCGUGUCAAUUGGGUGACCGACUGUUCUGAAAGCAACUUGACGAGCAUCCCGAUUGACGAGCUUAGUCCAAAUGUCUACGUUCUAGAUAUGAAUGGUAACAACAUCGCACAAGUCGCUCCAUUUCCACAUUCGAUCAAGCUAAGACGUCUUCAGAUGGCACAUAAUCGAUUGACCGAACUCAAGUAUAAGUCGUUCGCCGGAUUAACUUAUUUAUUGGAAGCGGAUUUUUCCUCAAAUGCUAUCACUCAUGUUGAUCCCGAGACGUUUAGGGACAGUCCUGGUCUAAUUACGCUGGAACUUCAAAACAACCCUUUGGAAGAGGUUAAGGGUCACUUCUUAAAAUGUCGCACCUUGCUCUACCUCGAUUUGAACUCGUGCGGUAUACGCCAUCUGAACACGCAAUUCUUCCACAAUACAACGAAUCUAAAUAAACUCGACUUGUCUCAUAAUCCACUUGGACAAAUUAAGCCUGGCCCGUUCGAUCAUCUCGCCAAUUUGGAAUACCUGAAGCUGAACGCUUGCAACUUGACCCACAUUUCAUCGAUCGCGUUUGCCCAUUUGGAAAAUCUUCGAGAGCUCGAGAUGGCGGAAAAUGAUCUACGCACGUUAAGUUGGACGAGUGUAUUAGCGCCUUUAGUUCGAUUAGAAUAUUUAAACAUCAGAAAGACUGGCAUCACCAAUCUACCAGGCGAUGCCUUCGCACAGAACUUAUAUCUUAGACAAUUGGUCCUUGCUGAUAAUGAAUUGUGGCACUUGGACGUUGGAAAUACAUUGGGUCAUAACUUGCACAGUCUUCAAUCGUUGGAUCUAUCGAAUUGCAAUCUGCAAGAUCGCCUUUCCGAAGAGGCUUUCAAAAACGCUAGUAAACUGCGCGUGUUGAACUUGAGUGGUAAUCCAAUGUUCGCCGCUGAUUUGACAGUUGUUCUGCGUCAUUUGCCAAAACUUCAUAAACUUUCAUUGAGCAAAUGCAGCCUGCAACGUCUACCAAACGCGUUCCAUAUUUUUAAACAUUUGGAAGAAUUAGAUAUCUCGCAUAAUCCUCUGACAGACGCGUUCGUCAGUUUACUAAACCCGCUAGAAUCGUUAGAAUAUCUGGACAUGUCUUAUUGUAAUCUUGGUUACGUUGGAAACAACACAUUUGCUCACAUGACUUUUCUCAAGAAACUGAUCUUAUCCGGAAACAAAUUGCAUACGCUAGAAGAAGGAUUAUUCGCUAAUCUGACACGAUUGGAGAGUUUAGAAUUGAACAACUGCGAUCUGAAGACUCCUAUUGAUCCCAAGGUGUUCGGUGAUCGCAUCACCACCGACAUCAUCGAACUCAAACUCAGUGGAAAUUCUUUAGAAGUAUCCGAGGAUGGCCCCCUAUUACCGACACAAUUGUCCAAUCUCGAAAUCCUCGACCUCAGCAAUUGUAAUCUGACUCAUCUGAAUGAAAAUCUCUUUUCCACGACGAAAAACUUGACCCAAUUAAAUCUAUCCAGCAACACUAUUUCCGGCACAGAGAAUCUUGUCUGUCUAAAGAAGUUACGCAUGCUAGAGCAUCUGGAUCUGAGCAACAACAGUUUGGCUACUAUCAACCGGCGAGUUUUCAAGUUCAAUUCACGUCUGUUAUCGGUCAACUUACUGGGCAAUCCAUUCGUAUGCAACUGCUUCAUCACUGAUAUGUGGGACUGGGCUGUGCAAGUGAAGAACGAUCUACACGUGUUGGUAGGCAGUCAACCGGCAAAUUUCGAAACCGGUGCAGCGAAAUUGAGAAAGAGCCUGUCCUGUACCUACGACGACGAUACUUAUCGCCAGAUUGAGCAAGCUCGCGCUAGUGGUGAUCGUCCUUCUAGAAAAGGCGACUUGUCCCGCACCCGUACCUGGGCGAAAUAUGUUCGUGAGUCGAAUUGCGGUCGUAGUUUAUGAUACAUAGCGAACAAAUUUCAACAUCCAAUGCUGAAUUUCUUUUACGAGAAGACACACAGCAGACAAAGAAGCGAGUUGUAACGUAUCGUUGAAAACUGCAAGGCGUAUGCAAUUAUACCAUACACAUUUACACGUGUACAUAUAUAAUUAUGCGCCAUUUUGUUAAUAAGUAAGACUUAUCUAUUCCCCGAACGAAGCCAAAAAAACGUCCCUUUUACUUCUAUGAGGCAUAUGACUUUAUUUUUGUAGCUGGUUUCAAUAGGAUUAAGAUGUAUCGGUAAGAUGUAUCGCUUGAUACGCAUGUAUCGAGCGAUAAGAUGUUGAAAAAUUUUUAUACGCGGAGAUAAUUUGACCUCGCGUUACAUUUUGGUUGAAUGGAAUCUAUGUAUCGUAUGUAUUAUUUCAUGCGAGCAUCGUCAUCCUCGUAAAAUCAGAAGAUGGUGAUCGAUCAUUCUUUUAGAUGGGAACGAUGACCAUCUUCGACGAACUUCGACCCUUUCAUAGUUUGAGGGAAAACGUAUUUAUACGCUGGAACGUUGUACUUGUAUUUCGUUGAAGAGCGGGGCAAUACGUCUAAUGUCGGUUGGGAUGAUUAAUGUAACGAGGGGUGAUAAAAGAAAAAAUAUUUAUCGAUCGUCGGAACAACGGGAGGUUCUCGAAUUAUCAAUCACUCUUUUACUUCGAA